AAGCGCUCUCCGUCAGCCUCCACGCGGGAGGAGACGUGUAGGGGCCGGGUUCGGCCCGCGCUGACCCCUGGCCCGGCGUAUGGGGUUCUUCUUCCGGAACGACAUGGCGCCCUCCGCGCCGCUGCUGACAGUCCGAGGAUCUGAAGGUCUGUACAUGGUGAAUGGACCACCGCACUUUACAGAAAGUACAGUGUUUCCAAGAGAACCUGGAAAAAAUUGCAAAGUCUAUACCUUUAGUAAAGAUGGGACCUUGUUUGCCUGGGGCAAUGGAGAAAAAGUCAAUAUUAUUAAUGUCACUAACAACGGACUACUGCACUCCUUCGACCUCCCAAAGGUGGUUUGCCUUGAAUUCUCACCAAAAAGCACUGUCCUGGCAACAUGGCAGCCUUACACUACUUCUAAAGAUGGCACAGCUGGAAUACCCAACCUACAACUUUAUGAUGUGAAAACUGGGGCGUGUUUGAAAUCUUUCAUACAGAAAAAAAUGCAAAAUUGGUGUCCAUCGUGGUCAGAUGAUGAAAUUAUUUGUGCACGAAAUGUUAACAAUGAAGUCCACUUCUUUGAAAACAACAAUUUUAACACAAUUGUAAACAAAUUGCAUUUGCAAAAAGUUAAUGAUUUUGUUUUGUCACCUGGACCCCAGCCCUACAAGGUAGCUGUCUGUGUGCCGGGAAGUAAAGGAGCGCCUUCGUUUGUGAGAUUGUAUCAAUACCCCAACUUUACUGGGCCCCAUGCAGCACUUGCCAAUAAAAGUUUCUUUAAAGCUGAUAAGGUUACAAUGCUGUGGAAUAAAAAAGCUACUGCUGUGUUGGUGAUAGCUAGCACAGAGGUGGACAAGACGGGCGCUUCAUACUAUGGAGAGCAGACGCUGCACUACAUAGCCACAAAUGGAGAGAGUGCUGUUGUGCAGCUACCAAAAAAUGGCCCCAUUUAUGAUGUUGUUUGGAAUUCUAGUUCUACUGAGUUUUGUGCUGUGUAUGGUUUCAUGCCUGCCAAAGCUACGGUUUUCAACUUGAAGUGUGACCCUGUGUUUGACUUUGGAACUGGUCCUCGCAAUGCAGCCUACUAUAGCCCUCACGGACACAUACUGGUACUGGCUGGGUUCGGGAAUCUGCGGGGACAGAUGGAAGUGUGGGACGUGAAAAACUACAAACUGAUCGCUAAGCCAGUGGCUUCUGAUUCUACGUAUUUUGCUUGGUGUCCAGAUGGUGAGCAUAUUUUAACAGCCACAUGUGCUCCGAGGCUACGUGUUAAUAAUGGGUAUAAGAUUUGGCAUUAUACUGGCUCCGUCCUAUACAAGCAUGAUGUGCCAUCAAAUGGAGAGUUAUGGCAGGUUUCUUGGCAGCCAUUUUUGGAUGGAGUAUUUCCAGCAAAAGCAAUAACUUACCAAGCUGUUCCAAGUGAGGUUCCCAGUGAAGAACCUAAGGUUGCAACCGCUUAUAGACCCCCAGCCUUGCGAAACAAACCGGCCACCAACUCCAAACUACAUGAAGAGGAACCACCCCAGAACAUGAAACCACACCCAGGAGGUGAUAAACCAUUGUCAAAGACAGCCCUGAAAAACCAGAGGAAGCACGAGGCCAAGAAAGCUGCAAAGCAGGAAGCAAGACAUGACAAGAGUCCAGAUUUGGCACCUGCUUCAGCUCCACAGAGCACACCCCGAAACACCAUCUCCCAGUCAGCUUCUGGCGACCCUGAAAUAGACAGAAAGAUUAAGAACCUGAAGAAGAAACUGAAAGCGAUAGAGCAACUGAAGGAGCAAGCUGCCACUGGAAAGCAGUUAGAGAAAAAUCAGUUGGAAAAAAUUCAAAAAGAGACAGCCCUUCUCCAGGAGCUGGAAGAUUUGGAAUUGGGUGUUUGAAGAUUCACUGAAAGCAAGUUGGUUACCAGAAAUCAGUGUAAACACAUCUUCAUGGAAUACCCAUGUGCCUCGAUAGUGCUGCUUUUUAACCAUUCAUCUGAGAUUCUGCAUAUGUAGGGCUAUUUCAUGAUUUCAUUAAAUUGACAUUACAUCCUAAAUCAUGUCACGUGACAGAAAGAUAUACACAAAUUUUUAGCUAAGGUUGAUACAUUGAAAGAUACUGUUUUUUUUUUAAGAACAGUGUUUACUAUAUAAAUGAAUAAAGAGAUU